AUGCAUCAGUUGCUAGUAGAAGUUUUACAGGUCGUAUUCUUGCUCGCCGUCAACGACGAACCAGAUUGUCCUAGUAUCUUCUCAUAUGAUAGUAAAACCAUCGCCAUGUCAGCAAAUUUUGCUAGCCCGCCCCUGCUCUUCACUCGAGUGUGCCGCCAUUGGCGGGACGUUGCAUAUUCAACGCCAGAGAUCUGGUCGCGCAUCAAAGUCGUGCUUCCCGGAAUACUCCUCAAGCCACUUACGCUGUUCUUUCCCUCUCUACUCCAGUUUUGGCUCGCUCAGUCUGGCAAUCUACCUCUCACCAUUUGCAUA